CUGGACACCGCUGGCCUGCAGUCUGCGAGCGCCAUCGACGAGCACCCUCCUUCUCUGCAGCAGGCGCUCUGAGGAGCCGGCUCGUGUCCGUCUCCUUGCGCGCCGCUGCAAUCGCGUGGGCGCAGCUGCUCGGUCUCGAGAGACGUUCCCUGCGCACCACUUGCCAGGCUCCCGCGCAGCAGCAGGCCGUCACUGUGCCCUGCUCCCAUGCCCCACAUCACUUCUCCCUCUCGCUCCUCGUCAUGCCACAAAUGCCCUCGGGCGCACGCCCUGCCCGUCUCCUGUCUCUCGUGCUCAAGCCGGCCGGAGUGUGGAAGUGGUGCCGCAAACGGAGCAGCAGAUAGGCAGCACAGCGCUCUCCUCUCGCCUGCGCUGCUCGUGGCGUGCUCAUCAGCGCUGGCCGGCGGCGCUGCCGUCUGCAAGAGAGGGGUCAGCGCGGCUUGCCCGAUGGCGCAGCGCCGUGUAUACGAGCGAUAGCGGCCGAGAGUGUGUGGCACUCGAUGUGUACCUGC